ACGGGGCUGGCGGCCAGAAGGAGACAGCCCCAACCGGCAGCGAUCGCUCCCUGGAAGGAGGGAAGGAAGGAAGGAAAAGCAGCCCCUGCUGUGGGUGAUGGAGCCGGCUCCUCUCCUCCUCCUCCUCGCCUUGCUGUGGGGCUGCAGUGGACGAGCCGUGGGGAGGCUGGUGGUGACACCACAGGAGCCGGUGGUGCCGUACGGGGGUUCGGUGCAGCUGAACUGCUCCCUCCAUGCCUGCGCCGAGGGCAUGGUGCAGUGGAAGGGGCUGGACGCCAACCUGGGCAGCGUCACCUCCUUUCCCACCCACAGCAUCCUGCAGGUCACCAGCGCCGUGGUUGCCAUGGGGGGCACCAAGAUCUGCCAGGGGGCUUGCCACGGGCAGUACUACCAGCGCACCGUCAACCUGAAGGUCUAUGCGCUGCCGGAGGGGCUGCAGCUGGAGGCAGCCCCCCAAGUCCCGCUGCCGGGGCAGCCCCUCAGCCUGCGCUGCUCGGCCCAUGGUGUGUACCCCCACACGGGGCUGCUCCUCACCUGGUACCGGGGGGACCAGGCGCUGCCGGCGGCAGAUCCUGAUGUCACCGAGACCGAGGACGAGCUGUUUGACAUCGUGGCCACGCUGGCGGUGGAUGGGAAGGAGGUGGAGGAAGGGACGGAGUUCAGGUGUGAGGUGACGCUGAGCAUCGGGCAGGAGACCUUCAGCCGGGUGGCAUCGGUGGUGGUGAGCGCCGGGGGUGAGGCUUCAUCCCUGGGGUGGAGGAGGAUGGAGCUGGUGGGUGAUGGGGACCGUCACCCUGUGGGGAUGAUGUGCCCCAGCUCGGAGCUGCAGCCAGGCCCGUGUCCUGCUCUGUUCACAGCUACGACGGAGCAGAUGGUGGCCACGGGGACCCCCUGGCCAGCAGCGGCUCUGACAGGGAGCCCCAGCACAGCCGCCACCACCGCAGCGCUGCCCGCAGAGCCCAGUGUCCCCACGCACGGUCCCACCGCGCAGCAGGAGCCUGAUGCCGGGACUCUCCCGGAGCCGGCCGCUGCCACCGAGCGCCCUGCUCCCGGGGACAUGAGCACAGGCAGCCCCCGGGCACAUCCAGCCACCGCCGCCGCGCUCCCCGGCUCCGGUACAGCCGAGAUGCAGCGGCUGGAGCCAUCCGCGGGGACGGUGCCCGCCUGCAGCCUGCGCCUCUGGUCGCUGCCUCCCAACGGGACGCGGGGCAGGGCGCUGCGCAUCGAGUGCCGGGCGCGGUGUCCCGGCAACGCCACCGUGCGCUGGUUGCGGACCCCGGUGGCCCUCUCGCAGUACCGGCAGGAGGCGGCGGGCAGCAGCUCCACGCUGCGGCUGGACCGCGCCGAGCCCCGGCACCAGGGCCACUACCAGUGCGUCCUGCUCGGCCACGGCUCCCAUGCGGCCAGUCUGCACCUCACGGUGUUGGACGACGCGCCCACCACGGGCCCUGCCGUCGCUGCGGGGACAACGGUGUCGCUGUUGGGACUGAUCCUGGCCGGUGCUGGGGCGCAUCGCCUGUGGAAGCGAUUCCACUCUCAGUACGAGCUGCCUUAGGAGCAGGAGCCCUGCAGACACCCACAGCUCCCCCCCCGGACCCGUCCCUGCUGUCACCCGGCUGUCCCGCUGGCAGCGGUGACAGCGGAGCUGGUGGGAUGCGGGAUGCGGGAUUCUGCUGCCACGACAUCCAAGAGCAGCUCCGGGACCCUCCGAAGGCUCCAUCCCUGAUCGCCGCUGCCUGAAACUGAGAGGCCUCCGCUCGGGGGAGCUCUGCCCGAGUCCUGCGGGAGACGAGACCCUCGACGGCGCCACGGGAUGGGAGGAAGGAUGGAGACAUCCGCAGGGAUGGAGGACGGGGAUGCUCCCGGGGCUGGACCACGCUGGGCUCUUGGGGGCUUACACACUGGGAGGGCGACAGCGAUCGUGUAUCGCGACA